CGACGUGUCGUUUACGUCAAAAGUUGGGGAUGACGUUUGAAAUCGAGUGGUCGUUCUCCUUGUAAACGCAUGUCGGAAAGCGCCAUGGAAUUGCAGAGCACUGCGCAAAAGGAGAUGGAGACGGCCAGUUCUUCUUACGACGAUACGAACCCCUGCCCGAUCUGUCUCGGAUCCAUAAUUCGACCUUCUUACCUCGACAAAUGCUUCCAUAAGUUUUGUUACAAUUGCAUUGUGCAAUGGACCAAAGUGGUUUCUGGCAAGCGCUCCUGCAUUCUUUCGCCCAUUAAGUGUCCUUUAUGCAAGACAGAAAGUUCUUCUAUAAUACAUGGAUUAGAUGGACAUUGUUUCCAAAGGCAUUACGUUAAUCAGGAUUUUCAGGAUAGCUUUAUCUUAUCAAAAGCCCACAAGUAUAGAUUACAGUGCUAUUAUACUGAACCAGGUUUCUUGGAGGACAUAUUCAAUGUACAAAGAUACUGGAAAUUACGAAAGUAUCUCCAAGCAAACCAAUGGCUUGAAGUUUGGUUGAAAAGGGAACUUCAAGCUUUGAUUCAGGAAGAAGAUGUUGACAUAAUUAUGCACCACCUACUUGGCUUAAUCAAUCCAUUUUUUAGUAGAAAUGAACAAAAGUAUCAAACAGAAUCUCCUGAAGUGAAGCAGGAAAAGUUCAGCAGCAUCGUCCACGAUGCAGCAAAGCCGUUUCUGUCUGCAAGAGCAGACCGAUUUGUGCAUGAGCUGGAACUGUUUCUUGCUUCAGGUUUGAACAUCGAAGCCUACGAUUCGGUUUACUUGCAACGGUUGGGCUGGAGUGAGCCAGUGGUGCCUAGUGUGGCUAUCAAAGAAGAUCUUGGACUCAAACCUGUAACUCCAUACUUGUACAUCUUUGACUAUGACCCUGAUGAUGGUGAAUAAAAAAGUUCUUCCUCUUCCAGUUUGAGUUGAAUGAAAAGUUGUUGGAAUUUGAUUGUAUAUUUUCAUUCGAGUCUGGAUAGCUAUUUAACCUGUCAAGUUGUUUGCUGUAACUUUUGGUUAUUGAAUUUGUCAUCUUUUAUCUACCUAUUAA